GGGGGGCCAUGCGCCGGGCCGCGCCGGCAGCCCGGGGACCCGGCGCAACUUGCCGGGCAGCCUGAGGAGUUGAGGCGGCCGCGGGCUCGGCGCCGCGGCACCCGGCAGCCUUUCUUCCCCCUCGCCAGCCCCCUUCCCUUUCGGCCGUGGGGGAGGGGGCUCGUGACCCCCCUCCCCGGAGGCCCGGUGCGCCCCUGCCCGGCCGGGCCCUCGCCGAGCCGUACAACUUCCCGGGAGCCGGGGCCAAAGUGAGCGCAAAGUGCUGCCCAAGUUGCCGGGAUGGAGCUGCAGAGCCGGCCCGAGGCGCUCGCCGUGGAACUCGCGCGCCACCAGAACGGCGACCUCAAGAAGCAGCUCCACGAGAGGCAGCCGCGGGUCGCAGCGCUCAGCGACAAACAAGCUUUGGGAGCCAUCACUGCAGUGCCUGUCACGGGUCCUCAGGUCAGCUCCUUGCAGAGGUUGGCCGGGCAAGGAGCGGCAGUGCUACCUCAGGUUAGGCCAAAGACUCUGAUUCCAGACAGCCUCCCUGUCACCCCGGGCCGAGACCGGCCGCCCAAACAGCCCCCAGCCUUCCAGAAGGCCACCGUGGUCAGCAUCAAGAACCCCAGCCCUGCCCUCCCCACCGCCAACAACACCGUCAGCCAUGUGCCAGCGCCCGGCGGCCAGCCCCAAGCCCUCGCCGAGCCCGCCGCCCUCGCCCCUCCCCUGAGCGGCGCGGGGGUGGCCUACGCCAUCAUCUCCACCUCCCCCAGCAAUGCCGCCGCCAUGGCGCCCAGCACCGCCGUGUCCGUGGUCAGCGACAGCAUCAAGGUCCAGCCCCUCCUCAUCAGUGCCGACAACAAGGUCAUCAUCAUUCAGCCUCAAGUGCAGACGCAGCCCGAGAGCACGGCGGAGUCUCGGCCACCCACAGAGGAGCCAUCUCAGGGAGCUCAGGCCACCAAAAAGAAGAAGGAAGACCGGCCCCCGCCCCAGGAGAACCCCGAGAAAAUCGCCUUCAUGGUAGCGCUAGGCCUGGUUACGACAGAACACUUGGAAGAGAUACAGAGCAAGCGACAGGAGCGGAAGAGAAGAAGCACAGCCAACCCUGCCUACAGCGGCCUCCUGGAGACCGAGAGGAAGCGGCUGGCCUCCAACUAUCUCAACAACCCCCUGUUCCUCACAGCGAGAGCCAAUGAGGACCCCUGCUGGAAGAGCGAGAUCACCCACGAGGAGCACUGUGCCGCCUGCAAGCGCGGGGCCAACCUGCAGCCCUGCGGCACCUGCCCGGGGGCCUACCACCUCAGCUGCCUGGACCCCCCCCUCAAGACGGCGCCCAAGGGCAUGUGGGUGUGCCCCAAGUGCCAGCAGAAGGCCUUAAAGAAGGAUGAGGGUGUGCCCUGGACCGGGAUGCUGGCCAUCGUGCACUCCUACGUCACCCACAAGACAGUCAAAGAGGAGGAGAAGCAGAAGCUGCUACAACGAGGCAACGAGCUGCAGAAUGAGCACCAGCAGCUGGAGGAGCAGGACCGGCGGCUGGCCUCGGCCGUGAAGAAAUGCCUGGAGCUGAAGACCAGCCUGCUGGCCCGCCAGAGGGGCACCCAGUCGUCCCUGGACCGCCUCCGGGCCCUCCUGAGACUGAUACAGGGCGAGCAGAUGCUCCAGGUCACCAUGACGACCACCAGCCCCGCCCCGCUGCUGGCCGGGCCCUGGACCAAGCCCUCGGCGGCAGCCGUGCACCCCACCCUCCAGCACCCCCAGGGCCACAACUGACCCGAGGGACCUGUCUUCACACCACGGAAAGUUACCGGAGCCCUGCUCACACGUCUGGGGGUUCUGUCGGCCUUAAUUCAUAAACACUGAAUUUCAGACAAAAAUGUGCCAGAGAGAGACACGGGAGAGGAGCUGGGCCGGUAGGGCCCCGUGCCCUUCGCGUUCAGAGGGGACACCUGGGAGCCAGGUGGGGUGCCACACGCGGGGGCGCACAGUAGGCCCGCACCCCACCCCCACCAUCUGGGGGCUGCCCGGGCCUCGGUGUCCGGGCCCAGCCCUCUCUGUGGCCUCACCGUCCCGCGGAAAGGGGGCCGGGCACGCCGCCCUGCACGCCGGGAGGGGCCCUGAGGACGCGUGGCGUAGCUGAGUAGUAGAGGUAGUUGGUCGCGCGCCGGGAGGAGCUGGGUAGCAGGUCUAGGUAGUUCCUGAGCCCUCCCUGCUCGAAGGCCCGCGGGGGCCGGGCCAGGCCCAGGCCUCUCCCUCGCCUCCCGACCGCUGGCGUCAGUAUUACUAGGGUGGGGAACUGCAGCUGUUUAACUCGAGAGCCCCUCUCCGAGGCCUUGUCCCAGCACGGCGCCCGCCGGGUUUGCCUGCCGGGCCUCCGCCCCGUCUCCGAGCCUCUCCGAGGUUCCAGGUUCGCCUCCGUCCUUUCGCUGGUCUCCUGGACUCAUCUUGCUGCCACCGUAUUUUUCCCAUGGAGUUUUUGGGCGAGGCGGAGCCGCAGCCGUGCAGGGGGUGGCAUCGGCGGGCUUUACUGUUUCGGGUCGAACCGCCCAGCGUAACGACCGAAGCCUUUUACUUUCUCCUCCCGAAGAGCCGCUAAGUAUUCCACUCCUCUUUUCUUGCCGGUACAGACACUAUGCCAAAAAAUAACUUUACAUUUUUGUAUGGCGUUUUUAUCGUAAGAUGCUUAAUGUGAAGGGGGACACUUGCUGGCUUCUCUUUCUGCUCGCGGUGCCCUGGCUGCCGGGCCCGCGUGGGCGGACCUCCCCUCGGGCAGGCUGGCCAACCCGGCGGGAC